AUGGGCUCUUUAUACGUUUCAAAUCUUCCUCAAGCAUUUGAUGAAAAUGAAUUUAGGCAAUUAUUCGUACAUUUUGGAGAUGUCGAAAGAAUUGAUAUUCCAGAUCGCCACGGCGCUACGAACUUAAUUGCGUAUGUCCAUUUUCAGGAUCCUAACUCAUGCAAUACAGCGAUUGCUGCAUUGAAUGGCAAAUCAUUUGGCGGAAAGAAAUUGAAAAUUGAAAUUUCUAACAAACAAAAAAGAAUGCAUCAGCCAAUUCAAAGGAAUAUGCUUCCUACUCCAGAGCCUGCACCAUACAAUAUUCGUCCAAGACCACCUUCUUCUCAUUAUAAUAAGGGUAGUUUACUUCCAUUCCAAGAUGCAGAAAAAUACGUUUCACUUUCAUGCAAAAUGCUUCCAGUGCAUAAUGGAAUAAUAGAUGGCCCAAAUCCACAGAUGCCAUUAAGCGUCUCUGUUACUUCAUUUGAAAGAGAGGGAAAUACAUAUUCACUUGCUACUCCUAUUUUAGUUAAUAAGCAGCCAACAGACGCAUUAGUAUUUUUACUUCCACUUCCAAAGAAGGGUGAAGUUCCAGAAUUUCAACAGAACUAUAUGGGAAUGCCUCCACAAUAUCCACCACCAAAUCCAGGCUAUCCACCUCAUCCGCAAGGUCCUCCAAGUCAAUAUCCUUAUCCAAAUAAUACAUACCAGCCACCAUAUCCUCCAUAUGGCGCUCCUCCAUAUCCAAAUAAUGGAGUUCCUCUUCCACCAGCUGAUGGAAUGCCUCCAAUGGGAUAUGCACCACCUCCACCACCUCCAGUUGCAGGUAUGCCAUACGGAGGCCCACAUGAUCGCUCUCCUCCUCCAAUGGGCGAAAUGGAUCCUCUCAUGUGA